AUGGGUGGUAUCUUACAUCUCGUUGAGGACAGGCCGACGCCGCCUUGCGUCUACAACUGGCGUGUCUAUGUUCUCGCCCUCAUCGCAUCAUGCGGUUCCAACAUGAUUGGUUAUACUAGUGCCUUCAUUGGUACUACUAUCGAUCUUACCUCGUUCGAGAAGGAAUUCGGUACCUACAGUGACUCUAAAGCUCAGAAGGACUUGGUCAGUGAGAACAUUGUCUCACUUUUCAUCGCUGGUGCUUUCUUCGGUGCUCUUCUUACAUACGCCCUGAGCCACUGGAUUGGUCGUAAAUGGUGCUUGACUAUCUCUUCUGCUAUCUUCAUUGUGGGAGCUGCGCUCCAGUGUGGUGCUACAAGCAGUACUGGUUUGGGUAUGUUGUACGCUGGUCGUGUCUUAUCCGGUCUGGGUACAGGUGUUGCCUCCAACAUUGUCCCCAUUUACCUUGCUGAGUUGGCUCCUCCUGCUAUUCGUGGUCGUCUUGUUGGUCUUUACGAACUUGGAUGGCAAAUUGGUGGUAUGCUGGGUUUCUGGAUUAACUACGGUGUUGAACUCCACGUCCCUGAGGGCCACAAGCAAUGGGUCAUUCCUUUCGCUAUUCAGUUGAUUCCCUCCGGCAUGCUUAUGCUUGGUUCUCUCUGGAUUCGGGAAUCCCCCCCGUUGGCUCUUUCUCCACGACCAGCGUGCCCAGGCUAUGAACAACCUCUGCUGGAUCCCGACAUCUACAUCACCGAGGAGGUUGCCGCUAUUGACACUGCCCACGAGGCCAUGAAGGCCACCGUUGGUCUUGGUUUCUGGCAGCCAUUCAAGGCUCUCCGCGCCCGCCCUCUUCUCUGCUACCGUCUGUUCCUGGGAUGUAUGCUCUUCUUCUGGCAGAACGGCUCUGGUAUCAACGCCAUCAACUACUACUCUCCCACCAUCUUCGAGUCUCUCGGUGUCCAGACCAACACUGUCGAUAUCAUGACUGGUAUCUUCGGUAUCGUCAAGGCUGUUAUGACCGUCAUCUGGUUGCUCUUCCUCGUUGAUCAGUUCGGUCGUCGCAACCUUCUGCUUGUUGGUGCCAUCACUGGUUCCAUCUGUAUGUGGGUUAUUGGUGCCUACGUCUACAUUGUUGAGCCCACCAAGCACGACAUCACCAGCCUGAACGGAAGUGGUAUUGCCGCUAUCUUCUUCUUCUACCUGUGGACCGCUGUCUACACUCCUACCUGGAACGGUACCCCUUGGGUUAUCAACUCCGAGUUCUUCGACCCCAACUUCCGUUCUCUGGCUCAGGCCUGCACCACCGCAAGCAACUGGCUCUUCAACUUCCUCGUCUCCCGAUUCACCGAGCAGAUGUUCGCCACCAUGGGCUACGGAGUGUACAUGUUCUUCGCCUCCUUGUCCUUCCUCGCCUUCUUCUUCGCCUUCUUCCUCAUCCCCGAGACCAGCGGUAUUCCCCUGGAGAAGGUCGACCGUCUCUUCCAGUGCAAGCCUGUCUGGCGCGCCAACAAGCAGCUCAAGGCUAUCCUUGCCGAGGAGGAGGAGCAGUUCCGCUUCGAGAUCAAGGACCAGGCUGUCCACCAGGAGCACCAGGAGGACUCCGAGGGUACUCGUGUCUAA